AUGACGGGAAAGAGAUGGGCGGUAGUAAGUCUUGUCUUGUUUAGAGUAGCAGGAAUGUGGUGUAAGGGAAGUGAAAGGUUGGCAACGGCGCGGCCAAGCAGUAGCCAAGCAAGACUUGUCGUCAAAGAUCGGCGGGUGGAGCAGACGUCAUUGGCCGAAGCGUCUGCGUCGGCCGGACCCCGGGUGUGGACGUUGCUGCCAGUGGGUCCGUCCAGUGUCCCACCUUCCUUCUUUUUUGCCCUGGUCGUCCGCCGUCGCCCUCAACCUUUUCGGGCAGUGGAGACUUCACCUUUCACCACUACUAUGUGCAACUUGACGUCCCUGGUCUGUGCCGGGGCGCGGACACCAUGCCGUCAAGGCAGAAGGCACGGAUCCCAAACAAGAGUGUGGAAGGCUAGCCGCCAAAUCUGA